AUGUUGGUGGAUACAGAAUUUGAGAAAAAAAUAAAACCAGAAUUUAAUAAAUUUAUUUUAACAGAACCAAUUAAUGGACAGCUUGGAAAUCAAAUGUAUCGUUUUGCUUCUCUUUAUGCAAUAGGAAAAUUAUUAAACAGAACACCAGUUUAUAUUCAACAAGAUAAUUAUAUUAAAAAUAUUGAAGUUGAAUUAUCCAAAAUAUUUCCAAAUUUUUUUAAACAAAUUUAUUUUUUGAAAUCAGAAUAUAAAAUUCAAAAAAAGUUUCAAUUGGCAACGACUUGUUGUGAUUAUAAUAAUCCAAAAAUAUUAUUAAAAGAAAAUAAUGCAAAAAUAUUAAGAUUAAUUGGAGGAAUUUAUUUUGAAAGUUAUAAAUAUUUUGAUCAUUUAAGAGAGGAAAUAUUAAAUUUAUUUGAAUUUGGACCAGAAAUUGUUAAAGAAAUUGAAGAGGCCACACAAAGAAUUUAUUUUUUAAAUGACAAUGCUCGCAAGAUUUGUAUUCAUACACGUUUUGGAGAUUUUGUUGGAUUUGGAGAGUCUGUUAUUGAACAAGUUGAGGCUUUGAUUGAAUUAAUCCCGAAAUUACUUUUUCGAUUAAUUGUUUGUGGAAAUUAUUUUUGA